UUGACUACGGCAAUUUUUGUUUUGAUAAAUCUUUACUUGACUGGAGCUGUAACAAAAUUUCAACCUAAUGGCAUGAAGAAAAUAUGUCUAGAGUUGGAUAAUCUGGCAUCAAAGGUGGUUGAAACAAAGGAAAUCAUUGUAAGUAUCGAUGCUUGUCUAUAACGUUGUCAAAACUCUGAAAUGAUAAGGGAGAUUCUAUCCCACCAAUAAAUUUUAGAAAGGUCAUAGUGGGUUUGUUUAAAUUAAGGGCGCUUUUAAGUGCCUAUGGCGUAAAAAUUUGUAUUCUGUUAACUGAAAGAACGCAUUACUACAGCAAAUUCUUCUAAAGAGUUUUGCGUUUUGAGCAAAAUGCGAUUUUUUAGAAAUUUUUAGGCCAAAAGUUCUUUGGCACCCUUGUUCCGCUAAUGUCGAAAUUGACAGGCUCAUAUGUGACGUCAUGGGACACAAAUUUAGGAACUAAGAAACGGGAUUUUAUGCCUGCUUUUUCCUUUCUCAGGGUGGCUAGUGUUGUUGCAUCUAAUUGGAACGCAUCUGAAUGAGGGUGCUAAGGGGGUACUGACUUCUCAGUUAAUUCGGCCAACGAUCCGUUAACUACUUCACCGAAAAGACGAAUGGUGUGCCAAUAUGUCUGCAAAUUUGAAAGUUUCCAAAAAAAAAUUCUUAAAAAAAUCACGCUGUGUUUAAAUCGACGUUUUUUUUGCAUAGGUUAUCGUAGUAUACUUUCAAAUAAAAAAUAUAAAUUUAUAGGUUACGGUUACGAGUAACAACAUUUGACAUUUCUUUGGGUCUUAAGGGCAACAGAGUAAGUCCCCGAUACCCUUCAGUGGGAGAGUAAGUCGUUAAAGUAACUUAUGUUUCCCUGUAUAAAUUUUAGGAUAUACGCUGGCGGGUCAAAGACCAAAAACACAGAUUAUCAAACAUUCAGUUAACCACAUUCGUCUCUUCAAAAAACAUGAAGAAAACAACGGUAAGAGAAUCGAAUAAUUUCCAUCUAUCUUAAGUAAAAUGUAAAAUUUCUUUUAUACUGAUUUUAUUAACGUCCGUUCAGCACUAUGAUCUACACAGUUUUCGUUAGGACUUUUAGUUUUCUCUCUGAACUGACAAUCAGUCCGCAGAUAUUUAUAUUUAACUUUUUGGCAUGACGCAACCUUUUAUUUUUACAAAACAAUAUGUUUAACAUUUUUAAUAUGAUCAAAGCUAAUUUUUGUAAUUCAAACGUUAUUCCUUCACAGACUCAAAGCAAACUGGAAGUAAACCGAAAAAUUGUACAGGCCUUUAUCUCACCUCUAAGGAAGUUAAGAAAGCAAUUUUCCGCCUUCUCAGCCGCCAAUGAUAUUGCACACCGUCUGAAAAGAAUAGAAUGGAUUGCAAGCAAUGUCAUUUAUUACAUCCAGGAAAUUCAGCUCGCGCCCAAGGUAACUUGAAGACAUCCCCAUUGUAGCUCAAUAUGAUCAAUUGCUCAAACUUUUUCGUCCAAAGUCAGAGUGAUUUUCGUAUGACCCUGAAAUGAAAACGCCCGAACAAAACAGAAACAACAAACAAACGAAAAUAGAGCGAUUUGAUUGGUUUAUCGAUCGGAUACAAACGCGCUUGGCUUUUGGUUGGUUAGGCGAACGCUCGGGUGAAAAAACUUUAUGCCCGAUAACUAGAAAUCAACCGAUACUUCGUUUUGACGUCAUACUGCAACACGAUUGGCCAGUCGAACAAUGCCUUCUCCAUAUUAGGGUUUCUUUGGUGGGAAAACGAAGAGGCCAUGUUUUGAUCUUUUCAUCCAUUGGUUGAUAAAACAAGUAACGAACACUUACCGAAACCGUUUUUCAAGGUCAUACGAAAAGUGCUCUGAAGAUUUUUUUUUCUGAGCAGUAGCGGCUGAUUUGUAAAGCCUAUACAGAUCGGAGGCUAUCAGUGGGUUGAGAUCUGUAUCAAAAGUCAAUGAAUAUACUUAUUAGGUGAGCUGAAGUCGGUAUCAUCUUAGUUGAUGUAACUUCGAACGACUGAGUCCAAUAGGUUUUUUCUAGUAAGUAAAUAAUGUAACAAGAAGCUAAUUGUAUAGUAAUGUGACUGAAAUCAACCCACUCACCGUGCCAUGUAAAAAAUUCCUUGUUCCUUUGCAGUCUAGAAAUACAGAUACAGAAGUUAUCCGUCCCACCAAAAGUGCUGCCAUCAACAAAACAAGCAGUUGGAGUAGUGUCAUGGUUGCUGCCCAGAGCUCCGCGGCUGCAGAGCAAGCGAGAUUGCCGGUGACAUCUUUACAACUUGAAGGAAUUGCUUUGCAAGCAUUUGCCUUGUUGGAAGAUUUAUACAGCCAAAUCCUUAUAAUGCAAGGGGAUUUCAUCAAACUCGAUGGACGUUGUGCGUCUAGGAUGUAA